AUGAGAUCGUUCCGUGCACCCAGAGUCCCGAGGAUAGGGCGACCAGGCCCCCAAAGACGACUGUAUGCGGUUAAGGUCCCUGGCGAGUGCCAGAAGGACAUCAAGACUGUGGCCGAGCUCAAGGCUUGGGGUCCAUCGUCUCAUGUGCCUGAUGUCGAAGUUUGUGGAUGGGUGAGAUCAGUACGAAAGAGUUCAGGUGUACGCUUUAUCGAUAUCACCGACGGUUCCUCUAUGAGGCCUGUUCAAGUGGUUGUGGACAAAAGCUUGGCUACGGAUAUGCGUCCAGGUGCAGCUGUCCGCCUAAAAGGAACAUGGGUCGAUGAGAGUAGGAAACAAUCCGCCUUUGAUGGAUUAGCUGAGGCUUCAGAUGCCAAGAACGAGAGUGAGACUUCAGCAGGCCCAGAACAGCCUGAGCUCAAGGUCUUGGAGGCGGAAGUUCUCGGAGGUUCCGACCCUAUGACAUAUCCAAUCCAGAACAAAUAUCAGACACCAGAAAGCCUUCGCAUGAUCUCCCAUCUACGGUCGAGAACGCCUCUCAACUCCACCAUGUUGCGUCUACGGUCGGAUGCCACGGCCCUGCUCACCCAGUUCUUCUUUCGCGAGAGGUUUCAACAAACACAUCCGCCUAUCAUCACUUCCUCUGAUUGUGAGGGUGCAGGAGAGGCAUUCGCGGUCAAGGCGUCUUCGCCUGAUGAAUUCUUCCGUGACCCCAAGUAUCUAACAGUCUCCUCUCAACUUCACCUCGAGUCUCUCGCCCAGGCUCUGGGUAACGUGUGGACUUUGUCUCCAACAUUCCGAGCUGAGCAGAGUGACACUUCGAGACAUCUCAGUGAAUUCUACAUGCUGGAGGCUGAGAUGAGUUUUGUUGACGACAUGAACGAAGUCAUGGACCUGACACAGCGCAUGCUAAACUCGCUGACUAGUGGGUUGAGGGAGCUCAACGCUGCAAAGGAACUUAAGCAAAACCGAGUUGACUCAAGAGAACCUGCUGAACGUCUCGCUUUCAACGAUCUAGUUGAACAGGAACAACUAGAUCGUCGAUGGCGUGGUAUGAUUACUACCAAGACUUGGCCUCGGAUUACAUACAGUGAGGCCAUUGAGAUCCUGAAGCCUAUUGCCGACCAAUUUGAGCAUAAGCCAACAUGGGGCUCUGGUCUACAAUCCGAACAUGAGAAGUAUCUUGCUGAAAAGAUCGGCUAUGACGAGGCUACAGAUGCAUACGUUCCAGUCUUUAUAACGCAGUAUCCGCGGGAUAUCAAGGCCUUUUACAUGCGUCAAUCAUCUUCAUCGCCAGCUUCUGGCUUGACAGUUGACUGUUUUGACCUCCUGGUCCCUAAUAUGGGUGAGCUUGCUGGCGGCUCUAUGCGUGAGCACCGACUACCUCAACUUGAGGAGAACAUGCGAGCCCUAGGCCUAGAAGUUCCCAGCAAGCGCUCCGCCGGUGGCAAGGAGCUGGCCUGGUAUCUCGACCUACGUCGUUGGGGCUGCCCUCCGCACGGCGGGUUUGGCCUUGGUUUCGAUCGACUUCUGAGCUAUCUCUCGGGUGUGCCCAACGUCCGUGAUGUUGUCCCCUUUCCACGUCACUACCAUCGAUGCGACUGUUGA